ACACUGCCGCCUGGCGUCAGCCUCGCGAGGAAGAAGAAGGAAGCGGUAGGUACAAACUGAAAACAGUCGUGCAAUGUUUGGACUCUUCAGGAAACAUAAACCUGUGAAAAUUAGGAGUCGUAAUGAAAACACAAAGUAUGGAGUCGCAGCGAAAGACGUGAAGGAGUUGCUUAAAAAAGGCUGCAAGUUAUUACAGUUGCCAUCUUCUGAUGCACAUGUUUGUUUGUAUGCGGAUGGGACAAAAGUGACGGAGGAAUUCUUCCCAACUCUGCCGGACAACACCGAACUUGUUGUUCUCUGCAGAGAUCAGACAUGGAGUGGAGUUGUGUGCGACCUGGGUCAGUUACUGAGCACAGACCGGCAUGCCGAUGGCCUGAUUGAAGCGGCGAAAGGGCUUCUGUCUGAUGAGCAGACUCCUAAAAGGAGAAAAAUCCUGAUGGACCUGCUGCUCAACCUGGAGGACAGAUCUGAGCUGGAGAGCAGAGAGGAGCAUGAAGACUGGUUCACAGGUGUUGAUGCUCGAUUCAAGACAAAGUCUGCCUACAUGAAGUUCAACUGUGAGAGCAGGAUACGAGGCUACAUGAAGGAGGUGGAUGGUGCCACCAAAACCAUACAGAAGGCUAAAGUCAGGGAAGAGUUUCUGAAAACAUCGAAAAGCCUGGCGCAAAUGGUGAAGACGGCAAGGCACAACGGCUGCUACUUUGACAGGACUGAGAAGCAGCCGGAUCGCCUCUGCACUCAGGAAGGAUGGUUCACCUGCCAGGGAUCGUACGAGCAGAAGGUGUGCCAGUCUCUCCACUCCAUCAACCCCUACGGCAGCCGAGAGAGCAGGAUCGUCUUCAGCACGUGGAACCUGGACCACAGGAUUGAAAAGAAGAGGACGAUCAUUCCCGCUCUGCUGGAAGCUCUACAGAAUCACAAGAGCUCUGACAUCAACCUGAACUACUUCUACCGCCUGCUGUUCACCAGAGAAAACCUGAAGCUGGUGCACAUCGUGUGCCACAAGAAGGGAGCUCACAACCUGCUGUGUGACACCAACGAGAUGUUCAGACGAGCCAGUGACUCAGAGAAACAGAAAGUCAAAGGGAAGAGGAGGCGCUUAGUGUGAAUAUUUAUGAAAAACAAGCGUUUAUAUUGUUUUAUGAACUGUGAAGACAUAAAGUAUUACACUGAUGACACUGGCAGUGCUUUGUUAGACAGAAGUAAUUACACUUGAAAUCAUGAAAAACCCUUUAUUUUUUUCUGUGUUGGCACGGUGAUGUUAAGCAUGAAUGUGUUACACCUCAGCAUUCACUCAGGCAGAAAGUUGCAUAAGAGUGAGUAGCACUAGUGCAAUUACUGUUAAGCUCAAAGACUAGAUAACAUUUUUAAAGUCAGGUUUAAGUAAUUAUACUAUGGACUAAAUACAUUUCUGAUAAAAGCUUUUUUUCAAUAAUGCAUUUUCUGUAUAGAAUUGUCAUGUUUGUAAAUGUGAUCCUAACAGGAACCUCAUCAGGGAAGAGUAUUAGCUGCAUUGUGUGCGUGUGUGUGCAUAUGUUGCAUGAAGCAGCUGCCAAAAAUCCCAAACCUGGCACACAAAGAUGUGUUGAGGAAUAUUAGACACUUGGUGAACAGUGACAAUCAUCUUAAACACCAACUUUGUGAUAUUAAAAGCUCAAGAUGGAACUGC